GAUGCAGCGUUUGCCAAAUCGCAUUUUGAUAAAAUCGUUGGAGGGACCGAAGUCAAAUAUGGUGAAAUCCCCUGGCAGGCCUUUGUGAGGUUUACCAACGGAACUCAUAUUACUGGCAUGUGUGGAGCUGUAAUAAUAGAUCAUUUGUGGCUGCUCAGUGCCGCCCAUUGUUUCGUUGAGGUGCAGUAUCAGUUCAUUUUAACCGUUGGAGAAUACAGUUUACAAAGUGUAGAUACGCAUGAAGUGAUGUUUGCUGUGGCUAAAAUAUACCCUCAUGAGCGUUAUGAUGUUAAUAGUAACGACAAUGACAUUGCGUUAAUCCGAAUCAAACCUGGGAGUGCUGGCAGAGGCAUCAUCUACAACAGAUUUGUUCAACCUAUCGGUCUGCUUAGUUCAACCACGUCUCUACAAGUGGGAGCUAUACUGGAAGUUUCUGGAUGGGGCGGGAUGCUGAAAUGCUUGAACUGCACAGCUGAACUCCCAGCUGUGCUGAUGAAAACUAGAGUCCCCACCAUUGGUCAAGCACAAUGUAAACAAUUGUACAUCAACUACACGAUCACUGACCGCAUGUUUUGUGCUGGCUGGAUGGACGGAAGGUCCGACUCUUGUGUUGGGGACAGUGGUGGCCCAAUUGUCUAUAGAUCUGUAGAUUCGAGUGUGUUGGUUGGUAUUGUUUCUUGGGGACGAGGAUGUGGCCAAGAGAACAUCCCCGGUGUGUACACUCGAGUCUCUUCUUUUCUAACCUGGAUUCAGAAAACGACGAAGUCUUACAAUCUACGUUAUCAACAAGAUGGCACUCAACCAAGGCUUGAGUAA